AUGUUUCUGUGCAAAACAAAACCCACUGACAAGUGGCUGGACGCGCAGUGUGAUGGUACGGCGGCAUUGCACACGCUGCCCUCAUGCAUGACGCUGUGCGAUCUGAAGAACGACAACUACUACCAGCUGGUAACGGUAGAUGUGCCACUGUUCGAUUUCGAUGUCAAGCCCAAGCUGAAGGUGUACAAGGGUACGAACCUAAUCAGUGAGCAGCAUCUGCCGGGGAUUCCGAGCGCGGUCGAGAGUUUGUACAUCAACGAUCAGGAACCAAGGAUACCCAUCAUUGCAGUUGCCGUAGAAUCCUCGGUACUAUUCUAUCGUAACAUGAAGCCAUACUACAAGUACACCGUGCCGAGUAUGACGAUAGAACCGCUGGAGAUUGACGUUUGGAAGAAGUUGCCGAUGGAGCGAGGUGAUGCGCUUGAUGCCCUGGUCGAAAGUUUACGCUCGAUCGAACCUUCGCAGAUGACGCUCCAAACACAGGAGUUGCUUAGUUUGUCCGAAAGUGAGCGUGGCGGAUACAUUCGUACGAAUGCGGAACGCAAGCUGGAACGUCUGUCAAUCAUAACGUCAAUGGUCACAAUCAAGAAGGCAUCCAACGAUGUCAAAUCCGCCUGCUGCUUGAUCCUUGCGACCGAGUGUGGUGAGCUACUUGUGCUGGAUACGCAAGCGUUCGUGGUACUCGCACAGGCUAAGGUUGGUCCGUUUCGUGGGACACCGAGCAUGAUUUCGGCAAGCGGCCAGUAUGAUAUCGACUACCGCGUGGUAAUAGCGACACGGGAAGGCGCUCUGUACUUGCUCCGCAAAGGGUGGCUUGCGGGACAACAUAUCGUGAAGCUGGAGAAUCCUGCCGCCGGUCUAUCGUUGCUACCGAUUGAUCAGACCAUCGUGGUCGUCUGCAUGAACCAAUCACUUGUCUGUUACUCAAAAAAGGGCAAGAAACUUUGGACGGUUAAGUUACCCCAGCCGGCGGUAUGCAUGACACCGGUUUGCUUGCCACAUCUCGGUAUCAACCUGGUUUGCGUGUGUCUGAAGGGUGGCCUGGUGCAGUUUUACAGCCAGAAAAAGCUCGUCGAUCAAUUCUACGCUCCCGAGUCUGUUUCGGCGCUAACCUUCGGCAGACUUGGUCAGGAAGAGCACGUGCUCAUACUUGUCACCAUCGAUGGUUCACUGAUCGUAAAGAUUCUCAAGCGGACGGCCGAGUUUGUGACAACGGACAACAUGUACGACGUAAAAACCGCCGAGGAACCGCCGGGAAAUUUGCAAAUACCGAAAAAGACAAAAAUCUUCGUCGAACAAACGCUGCGCGAGAAGGAACAUGCGGCCACAAUACACAACUCGUUUCAGUCGGAACUUUGGCGCAUGCGGCUUACGACAGCGAGGGCAACAGUGGACGUGAUUAACUCGGCCGACAGCAACAUGUCUACGGUCGAUGUUGGGCAAGCGUCGAUCAAGCUGGCAGCGGAAGUGCUCGGUUUGGGGCCAACCUUUAAGCUGUUCCUGAUGCUGGAAAACAUUUCCACCUGUAAGGAAGCGACGGGUCUAAACGUGCUGAUACAAGCUGACCAUCGGCAUUAUCUAGUGGAGCGCCCAUACUUGCAGCUGCCAAUGCUGGUGCCCGGCUUUCCGAUACGUCUCGACUUUCGGGUGACGGUUACGGUUGACCCGGCAGAUGGAUUGCCGCCAAUAGACAUGACACCGGAAAAUUCACACAUUAAAGUGUUGGUGUUUAAAACGGGGCAGACCAAACCGUUGAUCGCAUCGACUGUUGUAAUGCCUCAACCAGAGCCACAAAUUUUAAAUUCGUUCUAA